CUGUGUUAGUGCAGCUGUAGUAUUUACAGCCCACUGCCCUUCCUACGAGAAUGCAGUUAUUGUCAUUUACAUUGUCCCCCAAAGGUUGCUUUAUAGCAACAGCUCCGUUACUGUAAUCCUGGUGUGAUCUGUUGUGGUGUUUUGCGUUAGUGUCGUGCCCGCGCGGAGGAAAGAGUGCGCGCUCCGUUCACGCAAGUAAUGCCGUCUACGAUGGAGGGCUCAUCGGUGGAAGGUGACCUGUUUACCGUCAAACACGAGCUCAGAAACGCCAAUCUGACGGGUCACGUGGAGCGUGUGGGCAUCGAGAACUUUGAGCUGCUGAAAGUGCUGGGAACAGGAGCCUACGGCAAGGUGUUCUUGGUUCGCAAGGUGAGUGGCCAUGAUUCGGGCAAACUCUAUGCCAUGAAGGUGCUGAAAAAGGCAACUAUUGUGCAGAAGGCCAAGACGGCAGAACACACGCGCACAGAGAGACAGGUCCUCGAGCAUAUCAGACAGUCUCCUUUCCUGGUCACACUCCAUUAUGCCUUCCAGACCGACACCAAACUGCAUCUCAUUUUAGACUACGUGAACGGAGGUGAGCUCUUCACACACUUGGUCCAAAGGGUUCGCUUUAAAGAGCAAGAGGUUACCUUGUACAGCGGGGAGAUUGUACUUGCACUGGAGCACUUGCAUAAGCUGGGAAUCGUCUACAGAGAUCUGAAACUUGAGAAUAUACUUCUUGAUUCAAACGGUCACAUUGUGUUGACAGAUUUUGGCCUAAGUAAGGAAUUUCAUGAGGUAGAGAGGGCUUAUUCCAUCUGCGGCACUAUUGAGUACAUGGCCCCGGAGAUCGUAGCUGGAGGAGAAGGAGGACAUGACAAGGCGGUGGACUGGUGGAGCAUGGGAGUUCUGAUGUAUGAGCUGCUGACCGGAGGCUCUCCGUUCACUGUCGAUGGCGAUGAGAACUCACAUUCUGACAUUGCAGAGAGAAUUAUGAAAAAAGAUCCCCCAUUCCCCAAAGACAUGGGGCCUCUGGCCAAAGACAUCAUCCAGCGACUGCUAAUUAAAGACCCAAAGAAGAGACUGGGCUCUGGCCCUUCUGGAGCCCAGAAUGUGAAAAACCAUCCAUUUUAUCAGAAAUUGAACUGGGAGGAUCUGGCUGCCAAGAAGGUUCGUGCUCCGUUUAAGCCCGUGAUUCGGGAUGAGCUGGAUGUGAGCAACUUUGCGGAGGAGUUUACUGAGAUGGACCCGACAUAUUCACCAGCAGCACUGCCAAAUAACUGUGACCGCAUCUUCCAGGGCUAUUCCUUCAUGGCUCCCUCUAUCCUGUUCAAGAGGAACGCGGUGAUGGAUGACCCGGCUCAGCUGUGCGGUGGGUCAGAAAGACCGGGCUCCGCUGCUGUUGCCCGUAGCGCCAUGAUGAAGGACUCUCCAUUCUACAUGAACUAUGAGAUGGAUCUGAGGCAUAACGCUCUGGGAGAGGGAAGUUUCUCCAUCUGCAGGCAGUGCACUCACAAGAAAACCGGACAGAAAUAUGCUGUAAAGAUCGUCAGUAAAAGAAUGGAGGCCCAGACGCAGAAAGAGAUCGCAGCUCUCAAACUGUGUGAUGGACACCCCAACAUAGUCAAGCUACAUGAGAUCUACCAUGAUCAGCUGCACACAUAUCUUGUCCUGGAGCUCCUGCGAGGUGGUGAGCUGCUGGAGCGGAUCAGAAGGAAGCAACUCUUCAGCGAGACCGAGGCCAGUCGCAUCAUGCGCAGAUUGGUGUCUGCCGUCAGCCACAUGCAUGAUGUCGGUGUGGUGCACAGGGACCUCAAACCAGAGAAUUUGCUCUUCACUGACGACACAGAGAAUUCGGAGAUCAAAAUUAUUGACUUUGGUUUUGCACGGCUCAAACCUCCUGACAAUCAGCUCCUGAAGACCCCCUGCUUCACUCUUCAGUAUGCCGCACCAGAAAUCCUCAAAUACAGUGGGUACGACGAGUCCUGCGACCUCUGGAGUUUAGGAGUCAUUUUGUACACCAUGCUAUCUGGACAGGUCCCAUUUCAGUGUCAGGGGAAGAGCUUAAUGCACACCAGUGCAGAGGAGAUCAUGAGGAAGAUCAAACAAGGAGACUUCUCUUUCGAAGGUGAAGCUUGGAGAAAUGUGUCUAGUCAGGCCAAGGAUCUAAUACAAGAGUUGCUGACGGUGGACCCUGACAAGCGGAUAAAGAUGUGUGGCUUACGCUAUAAUGCCUGGCUACAAGAUGACAGUCAGCUGUCCUCCAACCCACUUAUGACUCCUGACAUCCUGGGAUCUUCUACCAUAUCAGUGCACUCCUGUGUCAAAGCCACCUUCAAUGCCUUUAAUAAGUGUAAGCGGGAAGGUUUCCGACUCCAGACGGUUGACAAGGCUCCUUUGGCCAAACGCAGGAAGAUGAAGAAGACCAGCACCAGCACAGACACUCGCAGCAGCUCCAGUGAGAGCACACACUCCUCAUCCUCUUCCUCCCAGUCUCAGGAUAAGACGCCACCAGACGGAGAGACAGCCAACCUCCCCCAAGCACCUGUGAGCACACCACUCACUUUGGGCCCUGACGACGAGCCCUCACAGGGCGAACCCCAACCUGCCUUCACUUUUACACAGUGACCCUGAUUGGGUGACCAUCAGGAUCAGCUGUAAUCCUCAUUCUUGAACCUUAUGCUCUGACAAGGCUGUGCAACUCCAGAAUUUGCAUGUGGGGACCAACUCAAUUUCAUCACUAGCAAUAGAUACACACCAUGAGCGCUGAAGAUGGAGAUGGAGUGAACUUCUGGCUCAAGUCCCGCAUGGCUAAACCUCACUGCAUCCAGUCAAGUGUGUCUAAAAGGAUAGAUAACUUCACUUCAAGGAGCAUCAAGACCUUCGAUUGAAGGAAAUAGAAGGAAAGUCUGCUUGUGCAGUGCCAUGACUGACUAGACACUUUGCUUAAGGCUAAAAAGGAAAAUAUUUAUGUAUUUUGAAUAGAUUAUAUUUAGGAGGAGAUUUAUUGUUUAUACGGACUUAUCUCAAAUUUGGUAUAUAAUAGAUAGUUGGUACAUUUGGUAUAUACCAGUUUACUGUAUGAUAGCUCCCUGAUAUUGACUCACAUAUCUAACUUCAAUAUUUGACUUCUUCCAUCAGAGUAGCAACAGUUGGGUGUUAAAGUUUCUGUCCAAGUAUUUUACUGUAAAACUCUUGGCAAGGUAGAGGAAAGUUGAAUAUUUACGCUAUUAGAAUUUUCGGUUGAGAUAUUUUCCUCAGGUUAUUUAUUUUUUCUGUUAAACUUCAACACAUUUUUAAGGAGUGGAAGACAUUAGUCAAUGGUUUGGUCUUGCUCUUCAGAAUAUCUUGGACAAAAUACAAUCAUUUCUGCAUAGUUUGGAAUUUUGCGUAGGUGCAGGACAGUUUCCAGUGCAUGUUUUGCAUCGGGGUUUAGGUUUUAACCCAAACUUGGUGUCUUCUAACAGGAAAGUUUCAUAUAGAUUUUAUGUGAGCAUUGCUUCAUGCACUGUUUACAGUGGAACGUUUGUCUUUUGCAAUGAGAUUUCGCGACUGUGAUUGCACCUUAAAUGAGAGAAGAUAUUGCAUAUUGUUUUACCUGAGCGUAAGUUUAGGCUGAGCAUGAAUCUGCCUAAAGAAAAAAGUUUAAAGUCAACUUGAAAUCAGUGUAGACUCACAUUAUACUGUCUUCUGGUUCUUUUGUUUAUUACAAAGCUUUUUUCUUCCCCUGCAAUGACUUUCCUUUUCCAGUGAGGUCGUGCAGGCUGUGGAUAAUUCUCAUCAGUAGAUAAAUGGCUGUAGUUUUAGCAAAGUUACAUUCAGGCUGGCUGAAUUCUAGUAUAAAACUCUCCCUAAAUAUGGUACACUUCCCCUUUCGUUUUUUUAUGUCUUGUUUUUCUUUAAAAAAGUAUUGCAUUAGAGGAAGUAGACUGUGUUGCAAUUCACGUUGACUUUAAACUAAGUGCCUGCAAAGUCUAACGACACUCUUAUCUUAUGUAAGAUAACCAUGACUGUGGGCCACAUUUUAACCUGAAAAAGAGCUAAAAGACUGCUGUGGCUUCCUGUCUGAUGGUGGCAUGUUGUCUGUUUUGGUCCUGUGUAGAUGACUGAUACUUUAAGACAGGCUGUGGUAGAGCUCGCGGUGUUUAAAGUGAUGUGCUUGUAUUUUUUCUUGUCUUCGUACAGUCAUGUGUUUCACAAGCCUUGGAGCUUUUGUGACUCUGAGCUAAAGUUUUAGAUUAUUGAAGCCAGACCAAAGUCCAAGGGCAUUUUUACACCUUUAGAUUUGUUGCUUUGUUCUGAUAGUGGGAUUGAAUCCGUUCAUUGCAGUUUCCCCUUGGUUCAGUUCACUUUCACAAGGCAGGAUCUCUAAAUAGACCAAAAUUUGCUUGUGCAAGCCACAUGUGCUUUCAUUGGUUAGAAUGCACCUGCACCUGUUUUUUAUUCUGGGAUUGAAUUUGUCAUUUAUCAUAAAGGACGUAUGAUAGGCUUAUUGUGGCUUGUUCUUAGCUGAUAUUAUGUGCAUAAUCACUGUGUGCAAGAAGCAAGGCUUUGUUUGUGUUAUGUGAUCCGGAUUUAUUUUUCACCUUUGACUUGACUGUGUUUGCACCAGGUUAACCAACAAUUAAUUUUGAGAGGCAUUAGGAGAACUUGAUACACAGUGUAUGUAACUCAUCAAACAUUGUGAUAAAGGCUGGUGUUUUGGUCUGUUGGGUGGCUUUCUCACUACAUUGUCUGAAACCGCCUACUACUCAGUAGGUACUGGUUUUGAACUGAAACGUACUACUCGGCUGUUAUAAAAGUACGUUUUAUACAGUAUGAGUGUAAGUAGAAUCAAUAGAACUCGGAUUUACUACAUCCGCCAUUUUGUUAUAAUCACAUGACCUUCCAGUGUGAGUUGUGUCGGAUGCACACUUCAGAAUCUCGCCGGAAGUAGUAAGUCAUCUGAAUACCUCUGGCAUACUGUUUUUCGAAAUCUAUGGAUUCAGACAUACUACUUGGCUUGCAUACUGUUUUAGCGUACUAUAUAGUAUAGAUAUAUGCCAUUUCGGACGCAGCCUUUUUUAGGCAAUUUCGAGAUGAUUCUUUUGGUAUAGAUUCUCAUGAUCAUGCUUGCCUAAAUGAACUGAACUAAGGUAGUAAAAGCACCAUUUUUAAAACAAAUGCUCCAAACCAGCUAGUUGUGAAACGCCAUAUAUCCAGGAGCAUUUUUGUUCUUGUCCUCGUCACAGAUUUUGAAUGAGCUGGUCUCGUCUAGUCAUAGAAAAUAUGGCCUUGGAAUCUUAUGGCUUGUUUCCACCAAGUGGUACAGUUCUGUAAAGUAUGGAAUAGUUCAGAGUUAUUUACAUUGUUAGAAGUUGUGAAUGGGACCAUAAUGGAGAACUUUACUUUACCAAUUUCUUUGUACUCUUGCAUUGGGAUACCAAGCACAAUAGUCUGUUAAUUGUGGUGCUAGUCUCACUACAGAGAGAUUGCUAUGCACAAAGAUGCUUCUUUCUGACACACAAGUAACAGCCAACUGUUAGCAGUGGAAACAAAUUGUUCUGUACUGUAUAAACCAUACCUAUAGUUGGAAACAAGGCUUCAGUAAAGUAUGUUUUUAGGGGGGCAGCAAUCCAAAAAUAGACCAACCAUUGUGGUAUUUUUCCUGCUUUAAAUAAGAUUUUGUAAAAUAAGAACAUUGGGUAUUAAACCCUCUACAUUGUUAUUCCAUACCAAUGAAGAACCUUUGCUUUUAAAGCCCAAAGUAUGCUUGUUUUUGUACAGACAUUUUAAGUAGCCUUUCUAAAAAAAAAAGAAAAUCUAUUUGAUGUGCAUAUUGGUAGUUGUUUCUCAUCUAGGCAUUGGGCGUAUAAGUUUCUGAUGGUAGGAUAACCUUAGAUAAAAUGAUCAUGGUUUCAGGGAAUCAGGGGUAUUUCAAGGGUAUUGUGAUAACUACUAAACUUAAUACGUUUUUUUACAUGUCUGGGUAUAAAAACAAAAAAACAUUUCCCCCUUUGAACAACAUACUUUUUGUAUUAGGAAACAUUUAUAAUAUUUUGGAACAGUAAACUUGUCAGGCUAAAUAAUUAAAAUAAAUCAUUGACUUCUGCUCUCUUUAUUAGUUUCAAAAACACAGAUUUCUUUACAACACUUUUUAAAAACACAUUAAAAACCCUUACUUAUACAGUACUUUAGGUAUGGUAUAAGAGAAAAUUUGAGCAGUUUUAAAACCUUGACUUCCAAACCGCGGUAAACCUUGAAACCGGUUAUCCUCCCAUGCCUACUCUCAUCAAUGUACGUGUCCAUUGCGCACUGUUGUGUGCACAUGUUUUCAAGCUCUUCCGUUAAAGGGAUAGAAAUCUCUGUCAUAAUUUACUCGUACUGGUUUCCAUAAACUUCCAUGGUUGGAAAAAAAUACUAAGAAGGUUAAUGAGUAGCAUCAACUAGCAAUUAAAAAAAAAUCUUCUUUUGAUGAAAAACAGAUGAAAGAAACUAUUCAUCUGUUAAAACCACAUUGUGGCAACCUUGUUGAAAAUUACUCAACCAAAAAAAUAAUGCUUGUGCAAGCUGCAUUUACAGAAAAUGGUCAGUGCAUGCACUAGUAUCUGGCACUGUUAACACGGUAUCAUUUUGUCAUUAAGAAGAUUUAUAAAUGCUUGCGCACAUUGUUCACUUGCAGCUAGUAUUUUAUAUCCUUCCAUGCAGCAUGCUUUGCAGACAUGACAGUGUGUGAGAACACAGAAAAUGAAGUAUACUUGGGCCCUAAAAUGCAAAAUAUUUGAAAUAAUUUAGUACUCUCGGAUUAAGAGUGUACAACACUGUUGAGCUAUCUUCUUGGGUUUUGGUGUUUGUGUAGUUUGUGUUUUCUAGCCGAUGUUGGCAUUUCACCAUAGAAAAAACAGGUUUUAUCUUUGGCUAAAGGACGCAUUACGCUGUAACCGCUGACCCGGUGGCAUUCAUAUCUUGCAAGCACUACAAAACGAUUCUAAAGGCACUUGAACUCUACAUUGCUAUGCAAAAGUAAUUUUCUUCUGUUCUUAUUUUUGUGUUUCUCUGAAAGACCUUUAUGCAUGUGUGUAUAUAUACAGUGCCUCAUAAGGGCGAACAUAACUGCCAUCUUAAGAGCCAGACGUAAGACUUGGGUCUCUAAGUAACCCAUGCAUUCCACUUCCUGUGCACUAACAAAGACAAAACCAUCCCAUUAUUAAGCUUUUAAGUGGCGAGGGCUGGAUUGGGACCCAGCGGCGGGUACACACAUACACACUCAAACACACAUAAUCUGGUGCUCCUGCCCACUCGAACCCGGGCAAAGGACAAGAGCAAUAAGAACAGCAGGAGCUCGGCUCACUUUCAUGUCGCAGCAUUCGGCCUCUUCCUCAUCACCGCUCUCCCUGAAGCUCACUCAUUACUGCCUCCUCUUUUUUUGUUUGGGUGUAUUAAUAGAACGGGAACGAGGGAAGGCAGAGAGUCCUACAUUGAACUCUCCUCUGGGAGUGAAGAUUCAUUUGAUGAUUUGCCGUGCUGCUGUUUGUCCCAUUGGAUUGCAGCUUGUUUUUUUUUCAGGAGUUUAUUCCUUUUGUUUUGACUGUUAGGAGAUUAAAGGCCUGACAUGUGGGGUUUUGUUUUGCGUUUAUACCGAGGAUGUUGUGAGCAUCGGCCUUUAAACUGAACGCACUCCUUUGAUCUGCGCACACUGUUUUUGGUGCUCUAUUUUAGUGCUUGUAAUUUGUGUCGUCUGGUUGUGAAAUGACCCCGAGGGGCCUCUGUGUGAUAGCAGCGUUUGUGAGCUGCUCGUCUGCUUUCUGAGGUGGGCUGAUUAGACGUUUUUAAAGCUCCAUCUUGAUGUUAUGUUCGUUUAUUGUUAGAAAGUAAAUGGGAUUGCAUGCUCGUUCAUGUUCAGUUUCAUCAUAUCCUUAGUAGAAUUGAUUUGGCAAUGAUUUAGAUGUAAAAUCAGAGCUUGAAAUAUCAUGUCAGCUACCAGAAUACUGUUUACAGUUCUUGUUGAUGUACACUAGUUGGAAAUUAGUGCUUCUGUUUAUCAAGGACACAUUAAAUUAAUCGAAAAUGACAGUAGAAAUAUGUUUAUGAUAACAAUUAUCAAACAUCACAGUGGUGGCUCAAUAUACGAAAAUACUAAACCACUAGGUUUUACCCGUUUGGUAGAUUUUUUUUUAAAAGAUUAAAAAAUAAAUCAAACUAAAAUGUUCUAUGAUGACUUUAUAUAUGUGACCCUGGACCACGAACAUGUCUUAAGUCGCACAGGUGUAUUUUUGAUAUGUAACAAAAAUACAUUGUAUGGGUAAAAUAUAUAUAUAGAGAGAGUUAACAAAAGUUCAGCAGCAGCUCAUUUUGCCUCCUUAACCAAUCACCUACUCCCUAAAACUUAUUUAAGGCAGACCAGACCUCUAGCACUGUUCUUCUCGUUCUCUCGAAUCCACCCUCCCUCCCUCCCUCUAUUAACCUUGCUUCCCAACAAUCCUUAUAACCCUCUCUUCCCUCCUAGGUUGAAUAGGGGGUUCCAGUUACUCUACCAAAAUACUAGAGACGGUCCCCCCUUUCUGAGUCUCUGGACAUCAUCGUAGAACGCCCGAUCAACCUGCCAACCUUUUCAAUGUUCAUCCUCUUACUUCCGUUCCCCUUCAUCCCACUGUUCCCUUAACAUCCCUUUCAUCCCUACAUCCCUACAAUAAAGUCUUGCUCAAAGUGUGGCAUGGUCCAUGCUGGUGAAGUAUUUUUCAUGCCAAAAAUCAUUAGAGUAUUAAGUAAAGAUCAUGUAACAUGAAGAUAUUUCAAAAGUUGUGUCUGUAAGCUAAAUCAAAACUCUGAUUGUAGAUUUUAAAUAGUUGUAUCUCUGCCAAAUGUGGUCAUAUUCCAACGAAGUGUACAUCAUUUGGAAAGGUUUUGUGGUCUAAGGUCACAUAUUUCAUCAAGUAUGUGACAAUGUAAGCGUGAUCUUUCAUGUAACGUGGCCAGCUAGCAAAGUGCUACGCAGGUAAACCUCACUCCUCUGACCUCUAAAGGUAAUCUAGUAACAGACGCUAGAGGCCAUGGUCUUUAGCCUCCUUGUUAGAGCAACCGAUUCCCAUGCAAAGAAUCACUGGUUUGAUUCCAACUCAGAAUGGGUUGGGUGCAGUAGGAACGGUGGGUUACAUGUGGGGGCUCGUCCGGGAUGGAAGUGAGGUUUGAGUCAGUGAGUGUAACGGAGGCCAGCUAGCAAAAUUCUACGCAGGUAAAUCUCACUCUGAGCUCUAAAGGUGCUCUACCGACAGACACUAGAGGUCAUGGUCUUUAGCCUCCUUGUUAGAGCAACCGGCUCCCAUGCAAAGAAUGGCUGAUUCUAUCCCAGCUCAGACUGGGUUGGGUGCAGUAGGAUCAGUGGGUUUCUAUAUAUAUGUAUAUGUAUAUGUAUAU